CUACCACAUACCGUGAAUCGCGAGGCUAGAAGGCGCUGGGAAGUGUGGUAUAAGAAGCCAAACAGGUUGGCCCCGACAAGUUCCGAUGGGAAAGACCUGGUCCACUCAAUAUAGGACAUAUCCUUCAGGGAAACUCGCUGAGCCUUUCCUGAUCAGAUCCUCCUCUCGUACACAGCCAUGGCGGUCCGUCUGCACUUUGAUAGAAAUGGGUGUUCACAGCAAUUCGAGGACCAGAAUCGCGAGCAGAUACAAGGCUGUGUAAGCGGGUAUAGGCAGAUCAGGAACGGCCACGGUCAUACAGUGGUUAUUACGGAGGCCACAGUCAUGAACGAACUUCUCUGGUCCCCGGGCUUUUGGGAUAGAGCGGGAUCAGACCAUUCAACCAUCCGGCUGGCGAAUGAUGCCCUCACUGCCCAAAACCUUUGGUAUACAAUGCACUGGAGACCCGCGCCAGAUGGCCUCAUGGAGUCUCCCGAUACGGUUGUUUUUCCAUGGAAUAAUCGGGAGGCACCCGAACAGAAACGUAAACAGAAGCUGAUUGCACAACGGAACAGUGCCUACUAA